AUGACACCUGCAUUCUCAGGCCUCCCUUUUGAGAGGCUCAUACCACCACCGUGUCGCCAAUGUCAGUGCCAGACUGGAUGCCCAACAGAAGAAAUUCAACCUCCCAAUCCUCCCAACCACUACCAUUGGCUCUUUCCCACAAACCAUCGAACACCAGUUUUAUUUGCCGGAUUGAAUGACAUGGAGGGAUGGAUACAAGGUUCAAAUAAAGAAUGGGCGAAGUUUGAGAAAAGGAUGAUGCACACCUCAAUAAUCGGUUUUCUCUGUGGCUUAAGGUUUCCAUCGACACUACAGAGGGAAAAAGGAUCUGACAUGAAUAAUUUAGUCAAAGAUGCUUCCAUGGAUCCAAUCAAAGAGGCUUUGAAACGACGACUGCUUUUUUUUUUGCUUAGUUGAUUGGUGUAGAGCAGUGUAUGCAUUUUCACAUCUGUUUUGGCUGGAUGAUCAAGAUGGAGAAAAGAUUCCAGGUUUCUCCUUUGCCUUAAACGUGCAUUAAGGAUCAGAAAUGCUACACAUGGUAGUAACGGCUCUGUUACUCUCUUUGUUGAAAUACUCAACAAAUUCGUGAAUCCAUCUGAGCUCUUUUCCCUGAUAGAGAAUGAUUAACUCUUGUUAGACCUAUGGACAAUGAGAACGACCUCCAAUGACUUGACCAGAUUCCGAGUUUAAAGUAUGACUUGAUGCUUUAACAUUUAGAGGACUAGGUCCAAGCAAGUGAGGGACACAAUUAUGAUUAGAACUAUUUUUGCACGUAUCACAAAGUCUUUUCUAGAUCCUCUUAAUAAUGGUGCAGACAUGCAGUGCCUAUAAUAUCCUCCUCAUGGAAGAGUUUUGAAGAAACGAAGUGUGAAAGGGCAUAGUAGCUCUCUAGUGUCAAUCUUUCAUCAUGCAAAGCCACCUGAGGAAUUUUUAUAUAAACCAAUGUACAUGAAGAGAAGCACAUGAAGAGGUUAUUCAAAAGGAGAUGGCCAAUUUUUAUGUCAUUGUAGUGGGAUCUGGUUCUGCUAGACAAGAAUGUGAAAAACAUUUUCAUACGUUUUUGAAAAAGGCUUUUGAGGAUCAUAAAUGAAUGCCUUAUGUCUCAACCCAAAUGGCCUUAGUUGAGAGCAACGCUAACAAUAUGAGGAUAUUCAACAGAAAAAUAUGAGGAAGCUUAACCAAAUAGAAUAUCAUGUAUCGAAUAGCGUUUCAACACAAAAAUGUAGAUGGUUCAAGCAAAGCUAGAACAACAACUUGCACAAGCAAUGACUAUGAUUAACACUUUGAGUGAACAUGUCAAAACUUGUAUUAAUCAAUGAUAGAAUAUCAUGUAUCGAAUAGCGUUUUAUGUUUAAUUUGUAGUGACAUUUGAUUUUAAAAUAUGUACCUUUUGAUAUAUUGGAUAUUUCUUUUAGUUUCUA